GUGUGGCGUUCGUACGGAGCCCCCGGUCGUCUCACGGACUAUUGACCCGUACACCACUAAUCCGCUGCCACCAACCAGAUCCUCCCUGGUAAAAUCACUUCAGUCUCAGUCAGCUUUUCAAUUCAUAAAGAAGAGUGUAUUUUAUUUCAGACUUAAAACAAAACUAUUACAGCAUUCCAAACAGUGUUCCUCUUUACUUUCUUAGUCUUAUGUUCCUCUCUCUAUCUCUGCUACCACCCCACACUCAAGGACCAACUGCCCUAACUGUCUCUCUAUUACCAACUGCCUUUCCCAGCCAGCCAACCCACUCAAAAGCCAACCAACUACCCACCCACAACUCCCAACAAACUAACUCCCAGAACUCCUCUCAGAACUCCUUUAUAGACCCACUGACUCUACCCCCCUGGAUCCUGUCGGUGCAACCUAUUUAACUAUUUCCCCUCCAGCACUCUCUCAUAUAUGCAAGCCAGAGAUCCUAUCAGAACAGCAAGCAUUUUGCACCCACAUUCUCUGCAUAACUUUCAAACUUUAGACAGCUGUUGCCUUGCUCGUAGCAUCUUAAGAUUUUACCUGGACAAAGUCUUCAGGUACUGUGAGACAGGAAGUCUUUACAUCAAUCGGAAAAUCAGUGGCAUAGCCAACUCCUUCCUCAGCAUAGAGAAGAAAUUCAGAGUGUGUCAGGAUGAAAAUAUGUGCACCUGUGGGGAAGAGGCAACAAACAAAUAUCAGCAGAUCAUCAGAAACUAUGAGCAGAGACAGAAGAUCCAAUUAUGGCUCUCUUCAUCUGGUUCUGCCAUGGUUCAGCUUAGCAUGAGCCAACAGUGUGAUACACCAGCAAAAAAAGCUAAUGCUAUUCUAGACUGCAUCAACUGAAGUACAGUGUCCACACAGAUCCAGGGAAGUCAAAGUACUUCUCUAUUCUAUCUUGGCCAGGCCACACCUGGAAUACUGUGUCCAGCUCUGGGUGCCAGUUUAAGAAGAAUAUUGACAAGCUGGAACGUGUGCAGAAGAGGGCGACCAAGAUGAUCAAGGGUUUGGAAACCAAGGAAUGGUUGAGGGAGUUGGGUAUGUUUAGCCUGGAAAAGAAGAGACUGAGAUAUGAUAGCCAACUUCAAAUAGCUAAAGUGGUCUCACAUGGAAGAUGGAGAAAGCUUCUUCUCUCCUGCUCUGGAGGGUAUGACCUGAACCAAUGGAUUCAAGUUACAAGAAAGGAGAUUCUGACUAAAUGCCGGGAAGAACUUUUGGACAGUAAGAGCUGUUUGACAGUGGACUCUUGUGGUGGACUCUUCUUCCUUGGAGGUUUCUAAGCAGAGGUUGGAUGGCCAUCUGUGAUGGGUGCUUUAGUUGAGAUUCCUGCAUUUGCAGGGAACUAGAUGACGCUUGAGACUCCUUCCAACUCUACAAUUCUAUGGUUCUAUGAAAGAUCCUAGGUUGCCAGCUAGGCUUGGGAAAUGCUGUGCUUGUUUUUCUGAGCAAGCCAUGAAGACAGUUUCUGGAGUGACACGAAAGGGUUCCAGUCAGGCUGGUCUCAUGCCAAAAGUCAGUUCAACACCAGACUCCUGCAACCCGCUUAAGAGAGCACCUGCAUUCCAUUAGCUAAAUUGCAAAGUGAAAACACAUUUACCCUCUGAAACUGAUUCAGGAUUUGUUCAUAUCUUUGAUUGGCUUCCUUCCCACAGGAGCAUGUUGUGACAGUAUCCUGAAGGAAAAUAAUGUAUUAGAUAAAUUAUGUUUAGACAUAUUUCUUCAUGUAUAUUGUGUUCAAACAUAUAUCUUCAAGAGGAACAAGAUUCACAGUACUGCUGAACUGAAUGCAAAAACAAAUGCUGAAUUACUAAAUUAUCGUGUUUGGUAUGGGAGCACAUCUAUUCUCUACUUGUGAAAAAUAUGUUGUGAGAUCCAUGUAAUAAAAUAUGGAAAAGAGGGUUUGCAGAAGCAGUUUCUUCCUAGUCUGCUGUAACCACUCAUGCAUGUAAGUGCUGUACAAAGCUAAUUGGUCAUCAAAUGCCACGUCAGGCAAAGGAGGAAGAAAAUGUAGCAAUGAGAACAUCAAAGAGCUAUAUUAUUUGACACUACUACAAAAGCUAAUGAAGAAAUGGAAGCUUUUGGCACUUUACUGAAGACCAAUUUUAAAUUACAAAUCUGAAUUUAGGUUUACUGAAUGCAUGUUAUUAAGAC